AUGCCUGUCCACAACCUCGCUACCAAGUCUGACUGGGACUCGGCCCUGAAGGAGCCCGAGCUCGUCGUCCUCGACUGCUUCGCGACGUGGUGCGGUCCUUGCAAGGUCAUCGCGCCCCAGGUCGUCAAGUUCUCCGAGAACUACCCCAACGCCAAGUUCUACAAGCUCGACGUCGACGAGGUCCCCGACGUCGCCCAGGAGCUCGGCAUCCGCGCCAUGCCCACCUUCCUGCUCUUCAAGGGCGGUGAGAAGGUCGGUGAGGUCGUCGGCGCCAACCCCAAGGCUCUCGAGGCUGCCAUCAAGCAGCACCUUGGCGAGGCUUAA